UUGCCCAAUCGAAAUGCAUUUUUGCUUCUUCCAUUGUUUUGGUCUAUUGUCCAUUCAAGGAUUAUAAUGUGUGAUCAACAUGUUAUUACACAAUGAAAGAUUUAUUGGUGUGCAUCACAAAGUUAGAAGUUGUGAUAAAAAAUUAUAACGAUUAGGAGUUAUUUUUGAGUUUCGCUUAGGCUGGUGAAAUAAUUGUAAGAAAACAUUAACAUUAUAAUAUUGUCCCGCGGUGUUUAUAGUUUUGGCGCCCUCUUCCUCAGCCAUUAGUCACUUUCACCUUUCCCAAUUAUCUAUGAAUCAAUAAAUUUUCAUAUUUCAAUGAGAAUCUUUUCCCUUUUUCAUCAAUCUUUAAUCUUUCUUGCCAAAGUUUUUAUCUUUUCUCUGAUUUUGUCCUCUUUUUCUGUUUCUACCUCCAUGCUUCUUCUCAUUUUCUUCAAUUCUUAUGUUGCAAGUAUUAUCCCCCAUUUUAUUUGUGGUAAAGCACAGCACAGAUCCAUCUUGUAGUAAGAUUGGCUCUUUAAAUCCCUGAAUGAGUAGUUGGGAUCGUUUUGGUUAAUAAAAAUCACUUCUUUAUUGGUCAACUUUUUCUGGUUUAGGACUCAUCCCGCUCCUAAGUGACUUUUUCAGGUUCUAGGUAGGCUACUCUUUGUUUUUGUUGAACGAGCUGGUUUCCCUCAUUUCACUUGUCAAGCACUCUUCGCAAACUUGUACAAUCAUUUGUAACGAUUCGUUAAAAUGCCUCCUACAUACUUACCGCUUCGUUGGGAGAGUACUGGAGAUCAAUGGUGGUAUGCUUCACCAAUUGAUUGGGCAGCUGCAAAUGGUCACUAUGAUUUGGUGCGUGAGCUUCUUCGCUUAGAUGGGAAUCACCUUAUCAAGCUCACUUCACUACGUAGGAUCAGAAGGCUCGAGUCUGUUUGGGAUGACGAAGAGCAAUUUGAUGAUGUUGCUAGAUGUCGGUCACAGGUUGCAAGGGAACUUCACCUUGAAUGUGAGACCAAGAAAGGGAAAAAUUCCCUUCUUACAGCUGGCUACGGUGGAUGGCUAUUAUAUACUGCUGCUUCUGCUGGAGACCUGGAUUUUGUUCGAGAACUGCUCGAAAAAGAUCCCCUCUUGGUCUUUGGAGAAGGAGAGUAUGGUGUCACUGACAUAUUAUAUGCUGCUGCUAGGAGUAAAAACUGCGAGGUGUUUAAGGUUUUGUUUGAUUUUGCUAUGUCUCCGAGGUUUAUAGCGCGUGGUGGCAGAGGUUUAGAGGAACAGAUUGGGGAGAUUCCAUCUGCUUAUAAAUGGGAGAUGAUGAAUAGAGGUAUUCAUGCAGCUGCUAGAGGAGGCAAUCUUAUGGUACUAAAGGAGCUUCUUGUUAACUGUUCUGAUGAUAUAUUGGCUUACAGAGACAUUCAGGGUGCAACUCUCUUACAUACGGCUGCUGGCAAAGGCCAGGUCGAGGUUGUUAAAUAUCUUUUAAAAAGUUUGGAUAUUAUCGACUCCAUAGACAACCAAGGCAACACUGCACUACAUGUGGCUGCUUGUAGGGGCCAAUUAGCUGUUGUUGAAGCUCUCAUUGUUGCUUCACCUUUGUUGAUCUAUUCAAAAAACAAUGCUGGAGAAACAUUUCUUCAUGUUGCCAUUAGUGGUUUCCAAACGCCUUAUUUCCGCAGAUUGGACCAUCAAAUCGAUCUCAUGAAGCAAUUAGUUUGUGGAAAAAUUUCCAACGUUGAAGAGAUUGUUAAUGCUGAAAACAAUGAUGGUAGAACUGCUCUUCAUUUGGCUGUCAUUGGAAAUAUUCAUUCUGAACUUGUGGAGUUACUUAUGACUGUCCGAUAUAUUAACGUCAAUACUCGUGAUAAGGAUGGAAUGACACCACUUGAUAUCCUGAAGCAACGGCCACGUUCUGCUUCAUCAGAGCUACUUACAAAGCAGUUGAUAUCUGCAGGGGGGAUUUUCAGUCAUCACGAUUAUUCAGCAAGAAGAGUUGUUGCAUCCCAUUUAAAGAUGCAAAAUAUAAAUAGCAGUCCUGGAACUUCUUUUAGAAUCUCAGACACUGAAAUAUUCUUAUAUACGGGCAUUGAACAUGCAUCAGAUGGCAGUAGAAAUGCUGAGCUGAGUCAUCCCUGCACGAGUCCUGAUACCUUUUGUUCUACAAAUGGCAAGAAACCUGGUUCCGCAAAUGAUGCAGCACAAAAACUGAAACGCUUCUUCCAUUGGCCAAAAAUUAAGAAAAGAGAUAGUAAGAGACUCAAGAUAUUGGUGGAUCAAAGUUCUGCUAGUAAUUCAGCCGUGGCACUAGUUCCUCUACGAGAAAGGUACUCAAAGCCCUCAUCACUUCCGAAUCACAAAAGGACUCUGUCUGCUAGUAGUAACCUUCCAAGUCCAACAGCAAAGAAGAAAUUUGCUUCAGGACUAGUAAACGGUGUCAUGCAGGCCAUACCACAUCUUAGCCUCCCUCGUAGAUCAUCUCGUGCAAGUUCAUUCUCGAUUUCAUCACUGUCUUCACGCAGUUCUAUGGACAAACAAAAAGCAAUUGUAAUUGACACUGAGCUUGCUGGACCUUCUUGUUCUCAUCCGUCAGAGGGUACACCAUCAGACUCGAUACACAAACAAAACGCAGGACAUAAAAGGUUGGUGAACCAAUAUCUGUGUUUUGGUGCUUCAGGACGACCUGUCAAGGCUCCUUCAACUGGUAUGCAGCCAUAUGACAUCUACGAGCGGUCUGUCCUAUCCGCAGCUUGACAAUGCCGGUUCUAAAAGGUGAAAAGAAGUACAUGUGAUGACCUAUAUGCAUGGACUUCAACAGUUUGCAGGUGAGUGAGCUCUUUUCCUGAGAAUUUUCAUAGUCGACGUGUCCGCAUGAGCUACUAACAUAUGAAAUAUUUCUCUGAAUUAGUCCUUUUUAUUGGAGAAGAAAAUGUAAAUAUGUUUGUAGCUGUAACUAAAUGACUUAGCCAUUUGAGUAGUUGGAUGUAAUAAGAAACUUCCUCUUGAGCUGGUUGAACAAAUUUAAGGUCCAUAUUUGCCCUUGUAAUAUGCGAAUAAUAGUUGUCAAUUCAUAUCUUUACCGUUACAAAAAUAA